CUCGUUAGUCGUUACUGAUAGGUGGUCACCGAUAUUUACGAAUUGCAACCGUGUGGCUGUUGUAAUGUAUGGGGCAGGGGAAAAGAGGGGUGCAAGCAAAACAAAAAAUAACAAAAAGUGAACUGCUUGCCGCGAUUUAUAGAGCAAGUGCCAAAUAUAUCACAAGCUAAAUGUAAAAUUAAAGCUUCUCACUUACAUUAUUAAACGCAGGUUGUUGGCUGUUACGGAGCAGCAAGUUAAUUUUUAUGUUUGCGACACUGAAUUAUUUAUUACACAACAAUAAAUCAAACAAAAAAAGAAGCCAAGCACAUUGCAACAUAGGGUAAAAUUGGCAAACGGUAGCUAAAUAUAGUUUGUAAACAAAAGAAAGAGGAAAAGCAAUUAACGGCUGCGGGCCAGGCAUUGACACUGACCCAUUGAUACGUACAAAAUUGUUGUCUGUCGUCGGCCGACGAAAAAAUAAAUACGGCGGAGUGUGCAUUGUUGGUAUUCACGUGUAGCCGGUGGGGACAGGGCAAUGGCAAACAGACAAAUGGCACAACCACAAGAAAAUCAUUUGCGCCUAUCGUGGCACGAUACACAGAUGAUGGCAUCACUCAGUCCACAGACUGUGAUGGAUUAUUUUUGCCGCAAGAGUAAUCCCUUCUACGAUCAUCAGUGUAACAAUGAAACUAUUCGCAUGCAGCGUCUAGGACCUGAACAUUUGCAUAACAUGCUAGGACUGGAGUACAUCUUAUUGCAUGUAGCCGAGCCCAUAUUGUAUGUCAUACGCAAGCAACAUCGCUAUAAUCCCUCAGACGCAACUCCCAUUGCGGAUUACUAUAUUAUCGGCGGCACUGUCUAUAAAGCGCCUGAUUUAGCAAAUGUGAUAAAUGCGCGAAUUCUCAAUACGGUUGUCAACCUGCAGUCGGCGUUCGAAGAAGCCAGCAGCUAUGCCCGCUAUCAUCCUAACAAAGGUUAUACCUGGGACUUUUCCUCAAAUAAAGUUUUGUCUGACAAAUCAAAGGCUGAUAAAAAGGAUGCUAAUGCAGCUAAGGAUGACAACAGCGGAACAUUGUUUCAAAAGCAACGUGUGGACAUGUUGCUGGCGGAGCUCCUACGCAAAUUUCCGCCUCCCAUUCCACCUAUGCUACAAAAUCUACAACAACCUCUGCAGCCGGGACAGUUGCCAAGCUCAACAGAUGGCAUGGCGGAUGCUACGGGGCCAUUGGAUAUAGCUACUGAAGGCAUUGAUAUGAAACCACCCCCUGAAAAAAAGAGCAAAUAAGCAUUAAAUUAAUAUAAAUAAAUCAAUUUUAUAUACACACUACAUAU